CAUUGCUACACUUGCCACAUGCGCAGACGAGCCAACUGAGGAAAAAACCGCGCCGGGGUAGUUAACCGGAACCGCUUUGGUUUGUAAGUUCCGGAGAUCGUGCCAGUCGUAACAUGGCGGUCGAUGCUUGUUUUACAUGGACGGAAUGAAACCGGAAGCAGCGUGGUCGGAGGGAUCCUGUGCCUGACGUGUGAAAUAAGAAAAUGUCCUUAAGUAUGCUUCCCACACAAGCACAGUAGUGCAUACAUAGGAGUUGAGCUCAGACAACACAAACAGCACUUUCAAGUGCCUUUGUCGCCUGCGCUGACAUCCCGCCGACUUCUUCAGAUUGUGCUCCGCAGCAGAACCCCGGGAUUCAAAGAUGGAAGAAUUAAGCGACCAGUCAUGUGAUCUGAUGGAGGAGCCGGAUCAGUACAAAGGGAUUUUUCUGAAGAAGAGGCGCGUGGGACUGGCGAACAAAAGUUCUUCUUCUAUAGCCAUCUCGUUCCGCAGAACUACCGAUCUGUGUUUCAGCCUCAUUCAUCAAGCUAUGUCCCAGGGCGAAUGGGUGAGGGCGGCCGAUCUUAUGAUGAGCUAUUUUCAAACUCUCGAAGAUCGCACGACCGCAAGACAGAGGCAAGCUCCGGAGGUAAUUUGGAGGCUGGGAAAUGAGAUUCUCUUAAAUCACCCGAAAAGCACUAUGGAAGAUGUCAGCUUUUUCAACGAGGCCAUGAAGAACGUCGGGGUAAAGAAUUACGUCAAGAUAACUCUGGAGCAGUUCUACUAUCUUGUGUGCCACGGCCAGCCAGAGGACGCCUGCCGGACCCUGACGCUCGCGGGGAUCUGGCGGUACGGAAAGAUCUCCGCGUCGGAGAAAAAGAACAUUACGCUCAUACAGGCGUACAAAGCGCUGGUGGAAUUUAACACCUGGUUGGACAAACAAUCAUCGGCGAGUGAGGAUGAUGUCGCUUGUGCGUCUCAGGCCCUUGAGGGUUUGCUCAGACAGACAGCUGCUGGUUUUGAAGAGCUCAUUAAAUAUCCCGGCAUUUGGGACCCCUUUGUUCUCUGCUACGUACAUCUUCUAGAGCGGUCUGGAAAGCGGGAAGAGAUUGAAAAGGUUUUGACAGACUAUGCUUAUAACAGCAGAAAUCCUGCGAAUCCGAACGCCUACGUCUACCUGUAUGAUUUCCUCAAACGCAACGACGCUCCGCGCAAAACCCUCAUCAAGACAUUGGAGGCUUUGCACUGCCGGGUCCCAUCGCACAAGCUCAUGCUGGAAUUCAGCCAACUCCUUGAAAAAUCCGGCUCAGAAGAGCACCGUCGACACGCGCUGCAGGUUCUCUUCGACCUGCUGGAUUUUGCGGGGUGGAAGGAAGAUGUGAAAGCCUGGAAGUGUCUAAGGAAACAGUUGAAGAGAACCCUGAAAUGUGAUCAGCAAGCCUGGAUCGGAGAUCAGUGGCAGACCAGAAAGAGUUGGUGGCCUGCGUACCACUUCACUGUACUCCAUGCCAAGAAAGACUGCCAGCUGAACGAGGAGCUGGCAAUGGAAAAGGCCUGGGCGGCUGCGAUUUUACUGGGUCACGCAUGCAGUUAUUUUUCUGCCCUCCGCACCCUUGUAAGUAAAGAGCAGAAGACGUACCUUAAGAGCAUAGCGAAGUUUGUGAAGGAGCGCCGACCUGCGCGUCCGGAUUGAGACCGGUCGGACAUCUGGAAUGGAAUCUGUCGCAAUCUACCAGGGCUUAAUAGCGAGACUCUGAUCUCAUUAGAGAAGCGGCUCUCACACUGAGAGGUAUUUCCACGAAACAUGUUGCCCUUUUACCAGCUAACUUCACGUUUCUGUAAAUCACGCUAAUAAAGUUAACUUUCUGUGAAAGUUAUUUUCAGAC